AUGUGUCACACUUUUUCCAGUCAAAUGGAUGGAAGGGACUGGCAAAUUCUUUCCUACUUGCUUGCUACUCAGGAUAUCAAUCGUAACCACAGGCUCUUACCCAACAUCACCCUGGGCUACAGCAUCUAUGAUACCUAUUUUGAUGGAAGAACAACUUCUGAUGCCCUGACAGACCUCCUUGCUGGUGGGAAAAUCAACAUUCCCAACUACAGCUGUGGAAGACGGGGAAAACUGCUGGCAUUUCUUGAAGGGAGUGAAUCCAGCAUCUCCACACACAUUGCAAGCAUGUUGGGCAUCUACAAGAUCCCACAGCUUCAUCGUUUUUUGAAAGAAGUCCAGUUCUACUCUAAUGCUUCAGCUGAGGAGCAGUACUUGGAUGAGAAUGGGGCACUGGCCAUUGACUUCGAUAUCGUGAAUUGGGUGCUGUUUCCUAAUAACUCUCAUGCCAGAGUGGAAGUUGGGAGAAUAGAGAAAGAGGCAUUCUCAAAACUGAAAUUCACCAUUAGCCCAGAAGCUAUAGUGUGGCCCUUAUUCUUUAACAAGACCGUGCCUCGUUCAAGAUGCACACAGAGCUGUCACCCUGGAUGUGCCAAGAAGAUUCAGGAAGGGAAGCCUCCCUGCUGCUAUGAUUGCGCUCCUUGCUCAGAAGGAACAAUCUCCACUCAGGAAGAUGCCAAGGAAUGCACCAAAUGUCCAGAAGAUCAGCAUCCAAACAAGGAGCAAGAUCAAUGUGUCCCCAAAGGAAUCACUUUCCUAUCCUAUGAAGAAUAUUUGGGGAGCCUCCUAACUUCCUUUGCCCUCUUCUUAUCCUUAACCACUGUCCUUAUCUUCGGAAUAUUCAUUAAAUACAAGGAAACUCCAAUAGUCAAAGCCAACAACCGGGAUCUCUCCUACAUCCUCCUUAUCUCCCUCCUGCUCUCCUUUUUGUCCUCUUUCCUGUUCAUUGGCCAGCCAAGGAAAGCAACCUGCCUUCUGCGACAAACAGUCUUCAGUAUCAUCUUCUCUAUUGCUGUUUCUUCCAUCUUGGCAAAAACCAUCACUGUAGUAUUGGCCUUCCUGGCCACUAAGCCAGGGAACACAGUGAGGAGAUGGCUGGGGAAGAGUCUGGCCAACUCCAUUGUCAUAUCUUGUUCCUGUGUCCAAGUUGCCAUCUGCACCAUCUGGCUGGGAACCUCUACACCAUUCCCCGACUCAGACAUGCACUCCCAGCCUGGAGAGAUCAUCCUGAAGUGCAAUGAAGGGUCUGUUGCCAUGUAUUAUUGCGCACUUGGCUACAUGGGCUUCCUGGCUGCCACCUGUUUCACAGUGGCUUUCUUAGCCAGGAAUCUGCCUGGGGCCUUCAAUGAAGCCAAGCUGAUCACCUUCAGCAUGCUGGUCUUCUGCAGUGUUUGGGUGUCCUUUGUGCCCACCUACCUGAGCACCAAGGGGAAAUACAUGGUAGCCGUGCAGGUCUUCUCCAUCUUGGCCUCCAGUGCUGGGCUCCUGGGCUGCAUCUUCAUUCCCAAGUGCUACAUUAUUUUACUGAAGCCGCAUCUGAACAUGAAGGAGUACCUGACAACCAAAAAACCAAACAUGGCAUUUGGUAGGUAG